UUAACUUUCUUCUACUGCCCAUCCUAUUAUUUUCUUUUCUUUGAUUUUAUUUUUAAGUAAUUUUCCAUUUAAAUAAUCAGUUAACAUGAGUGAGAUGAGUUGUUAAACAAAAACCAAAAUUUUAAAAAAGUUUCAUUAGUAUAAAAUAAAUAAAAAACAGAGGCGGUUGGAGGGAGCUCAACUAGCUCUUCGCCUACCACACCCACUAACUACUCACUUCGGGUUCACUGUCUCUUCCUCCUUCAUAAAGUUUUCAUCUUGGUUUGUGUCUCUCUCUAAAGUGGAUGCAGAAGACUGACAAAGUUAUAAGGGGAACAGCUUAAGCAAUUCAUUGGAGCUGUUGAAGGAAGCACGUUAGAAGAAAGAUAUUACAUGUAUAUGAUUUGACAAAAUUGUUGACGGGCGUGUGAAGUUAAUUGUACAUGCAUCAGAAGAAGCCAUAUGAUGGCCACGACUGCAGUGAUCGGGCUUAGUGCAGGGAAGAGGCUAUUGAGUUCCUCCUACCAUUACUCAGAUCUCACAGAAAAGCUCCCAUUUGUCAAUGAUAAUGCACUAGCACAGUAUCAAAUCACUUCAGCCAAGAAAGUGAUAAGUUCCAAAAAGUCAUCUAAUUUUGGCCCCAGUUUUCCAUCAGCUAGUCGACAAGCAGAGUCUAUCAAGGCUGUCAAAGAAGAUGUAGAUAUUAUCUCUUCUCCUUCAACUGCAGAGCCAUGGUUUCAGAGACCCAACAACCUUGAAGAGGAAAGUUCUGAUCCUGAUUAUUUGGUGGAGGCACUUCUUUUGCUGCAAAAGUCUAUGCUGGAAAAGCAAUGGAAUCUUUCUUUUGAGCAGAAGGUACUAACUGAUUCAGCAAGAGGAAAAAAUCACAGGAAGAUAUCUGUCACUUGUUCUGGAGUAUCUGCUCGGCAAAGGAGAAUGAAAGCUAGGAAGAAAGUUCUGAACAAAACUGGUUAUGUGGUUCCACCUUAUACUGGUAAGCAGUUGAGAUCAUUGAUCAGUCCAGAGCUGCUUCAGAAUCAUUCAAGGGGUUAUGUCAACGGUGUAGUAAGUGAAGAGUUGCUUACUCAUGCAGACGUGGUAUGCCUGUCAAAGAAAAUUGGUGCUGGUAUUUCCUUAGAGGAGCACAAAUUGAGAUUGAAGGAGAAGCUAGGAUGUGAGCCAUCUGACGACCAACUUGCAACUUCAUUGAGGAUUCCUCGAGCUGAAUUACAAUCAAAACUGAUUGAGUGUUCUUUAGCAAGAGAGAAGCUGGCAAUGAGUAAUGUUCGUCUGGUCAUGUCUAUUGCUCAAAGAUAUGAAAACAUGGGUGCUGAAAUGGCUGACCUUGUUCAGGGUGGGUUGAUUGGACUACUGCGCGGAAUUGAGAAAUUUGACUCUUCGAAAGGGUGCAGAAUUUCAACAUAUGUUUAUUGGUGGAUACGCCAAGGUGUUUCAAGAACAAUGGUUGAAAAUUCCCGGACUUUGAGAUUACCUGCUCAUAUGCAUGGAAGAUUAGGUUUAAUCCGGAAUGCAAAAGUUAGACUGGAAGAGAAAGGAAUAACUCCAUCAAUUGAUAGAAUUGCAGAAUGCCUGAAGAUGUCAAAAAAGAAAGUCAAGAAUGCUACGGAGGCAAUCAGUAAGGUCUUCUCUCUUGAUAGGGAAGCAUUUCCCUCUCUGAAUGGUCUUUCGGGAGAAACACAUCAUAGUUACAUUGCAGAUAAUCGCCUUGAGAACAACCCAUGGCAUGGAGUGGAUGAGUUGGCACUGAAGGAUGAAGUAAACAAGCUCAUUAAUAUGACACUUGGGGAACGGGAGAGAGACAUCAUACGACUUUACCAUGGUCUGGAUAAUGAAUGUCUUACAUGGGAGGAUAUUAGUAAACGCAUAGGUUUGUCCAGAGAAAGAGUUAGGCAAGUCGGACUUGUUGCACUUGAAAAACUAAAGCAUGCAGCCAGGAAGAGUAAGAUGGAGGCUUUGCUGGUGAAACAUUAGUUUUCUGUACGUGUUUCAGCAAAGAUGCAUGCCACAAGUUAAGAUACUCAUGUAUAGAUAUAGAAAAGAAAAAGUACUGUAUCUUCUUCAAUUUGUUCUUCCAAUCAGAUAAAAAAGAAGGUUAUAGAAAGAUUAUUAUGCCAGGGUUUUUCACCCUAGCUUUCUGUAACAAGAGAUAGAAAACACCGAUUAUAACCCAUAAGUUGGUAGCGGAAAAUUUCAUGUAUUUAAAGAGAGAAUUUCAUAUGUGAAGCACAUCUCAUAUACUGGAUGUUUCCUUGA